AUGGAAUACAACAUUCUUAUCACUGGUGGGUCAGGCUACCUGGGAGGCACACUUUUGAACCAGUUGAAGAGCGCAGAGCUUCCCAAAUACAACAAACUGUUUGCAUUCGUGCGAACAGUCGCCCAGGCCAAGGCUGUAAAGCAGUACUCCGCCGAACCCCUGCAGUUUGAUAUGCAGGACGAGGCCAGCGUGCGCGACAGCAUCUUGCAAAACAGAAUAAACAUUGUCUUUUUUCUGGUCGACGCAAUCAGCUCGAGCUGUCAAGAGUUCUUUAUCCAGGCGUUGGCGGAACUGAGCAAGACAACUGGGCAGGAUACCAGUGGAGCGAAGGCGUUCUCCAACCAUGCCGGAGCCCCAGUUGAUCAUCUCCUUUUCGACGAUGACCCCAACAUAUACGAGAUGCAGAAAUCUCAGCGGUCCACGCUCCCGAUCAUGCAACAGGGCGUGGAAACAAACAGUCGGAUCAUAGAGCUGAGCGAGUCUCUCGGUGUGAAAAGUUACAUAUUCGCCCCCUGCGUGGUUUAUGGUAAAGGAGAAGGAUUCGGGAACAAGAUAUCGAUUCAAACAGCUGCUAUUGUGAGAGCAGCCAAGGCAACUGGAAGAGUAUACAAUCUGAAUGAAAGAGACGAUUGGGCUUGGCCGGUCUGCCAUUUGCUUGACAACACCAUGUUGUACGUCGAGAUACUGCGAAAGAUACUGUCAUCGGACGAUAUCCCCCAUGGUCGAAAUGGUUACUACCUUCCGUCAAGUGGCCGGGUUGCAUGGAAAGACGUUUACGCAUCCAUUGCCGCUGCACUUUUCAAGAGAGGCCUCCUCAAGGAUAGUGCUGUCCAUCCGGCCGACGAUGAUAUUCUGGCUGCUAUGGCUGCCGCGCUCGGCUCACCGAAAGAAAUGGUGGCGGUCCAAGUGAGUGGAGAGUACGUGAAUUCCUUUCUCAGGUCCAAAGGCAACAAGAGUAACUUUUCCGAGCAGAAGCCUUUUGACAGCAAAAAAUGGCCUCAGAAUUGGCUGGAAGCCUUUGUUCCCUCCUGA